AGCAACAGAAAAGUACACCGAGCUCUCAUCAAGCAAGGGAUGAAUGUCGAGUAUUGAAACUUUUGACAGUUGUUUAAUGCUUAAGAAUAUAUGUGCUGUGUCUGGUUCACAAGUUUCUCCUAACAAUGUGCGGAUAUAUUUUUGUGACACUGAACGGUUGAAACAAGAUGUCGAAGCAAUCAAAACUAAAAGCAUCGAGUGAAGUGACAAAUGGGAAUAGUAAAGAUUCUCGUCGUCCUAGUGUAUUUGAUAGAUUAGGUUCAAGAUUUAAUUCAAGCACAGAAGGAAUUUGCAAGGCCUGGGUCCAAAAUGGCACCUGUCCCUACGAGAAGUCCUGCAAGUACUCAAAUUCUCAUAUUGUUCUAAGUUCUUUGAAAAGAAGCAGUCGAAAGGACAUAGACUAUCAGCUCCGUGUCUACAAAGGCGAGCGGAAGGGCAAAAGCCCAGACGAUGGUUUGGAUAAGUGGGACUCGACUGAUCUGGAAGGUGCAGAUGAAAAGGUGUUGGAGAAGCGUUUGAUGCUUCUUCAGAAAGAACUUCAAAAGCAAGAAAGGAAAGGAGAUGAAGAUCAUCACGGGGCUUAUUCUUCUUCCAAGCAUUCUAAACUCUCAUCGGGUAUCAAAAAGUGUUCAAAAAGAGUAGGCCGAAGCACAUCCUCAGACUCCUCCGAUUCGAGCAGUAGUGUCUCGAGUUCUAGCUCUGGAGAAUCCAGCUCCUCCUCUAGUUCUGACUCAGGUCGUAGGAAACACAAUCGAGUUCCAGGCAAAACCAAAAGGAGGUCCGCCUCUUCAUAUUCUGAUGAGCAUGUCUCCAAAAAAAUCAAGUAUAGUAAAUCUAUCAAAGGAAAAAGUCCUGUGAUGAAUAGACAUCUAAGUAGAAGUAGAAGCCCAGUUGGUAAGAAACUUUCAAGUCCCUCGUCCAAAAAAUCUUCAUCCAAAUUUUCCCCUGUUUCACGAACUGCGAGUAAACACAAUCGACAUGCUUUCACACCUCCAACCGAAAAAUGCAAGUCUCCCGGAAGGAAACACUCUCCCAGAGCCAGUAAACACCUGGCGAUUGAUCAUCGCGACAAGCAUCGAAGUGUUUCUCCUCUAUCUAGGCAGAGGGAAAGAGAAUAUGAAAAACCCCGAGAACGGGUGCGCAGCAAGUCGCCCAAAUCUAAAGGAAGAACAAUCACUCCAUGUAGAAGAAGUGAACACCAGAAAAUUAUUAAAAGGAAAGAAUCUCCAGAAAAGUUAAGAAAUUCAAGGUUAACUCCAGAAAAACACAUUAUAACAAGAAAAGUUUCACCUCCGCGGAAUCGACAAAAUGAUAUCAGGAACGAUGAAAAAAGGCGGGAUGAAAAAUUAAGAAAUAUGAAAGAUGAUCACCGAAGAGUUGCACCAAGGAUUGCUCUUGACAAACGUGGUGAAGAUGAGAGAUUAAGAGAAAGGAGAGUGCGAGAAGCAGCCCGAGAAAGAGAAAGAAGAGAAGCUCUAGAACGAUGUCAAGAACGGCAAAGGCAAAGGGAACUAGCUAAAGUGAAAGCAGAGCGGGAAAAGGAAAAAGCAAGAGAGCUAGAACGGGGCAAAGAGAGGCUGCGCGAACCCGAGCGUCGCACCGUCAUCAAAGAUCGUGUUCGUUUACCGGAGAGAGAUGAGAAAACACCUCGUGGGCGAGAAAGAUCAUUUGAAAGGACUGUUAGUGCCAAAAUUAAAUUAAACGAUAAUUACCCUCGCGAAGAACGUAGUAGAACAAUUACUAAGACAAGGGAUCGAGAUAGAAGCUAUGAGCGAGAUCAAUUAUCUGUAGAUAAAGAACGUGUCAUGUUAAAGGACCGUAACUUAGAAAGGAUUUUAGUGCAUGAUGCAGUGAAAAGCCUGGAGCGUCGGAGCUCGCAUGAACGCAGUAUUGUACGAGAAAGGGUUCUUGACCGAGAACGAGAUCUAUCCAGGAGUCGAGAAAUUGAAGCUAGGAGAGUCCUGGCAGCUGAAGACAAAGGAUAUGAUAGCCCCUUUAGAGUACGGGACGAGCGAACUGCAAGAUACUUAAAUGAAGCAGAUGACAGAUCUCACUUUAAAGAUAGUCCUUUAAGAGAAGAAACUCGCCAAAUUCGUAUACACCCAGAAGAUAGGAGAAGAGAGGUAGUUCCUGGGCGUAAUUCUUGGGAAGACAAAAGGCCCCCACAUGACUGGGAGGCGCAUAGAGACUGGGAUCCCCGUCUCAGGCGCUCUGACCUGCAUCAAGGAAACGAUAAUUGGGACAGGAGGAGAAAAGGUAACAAUGAGGACUGGGGCAGAUACUCAAAGGAUUGGUCAGAUCGCGAGUGGCGAAAGGACUGGACUCCAAGGAAUGUUCAAGGACCUCCUCCCACUGUAGCUCGUGAAGAACCUGUUGUUAAGAAAGAAGAAGAAAAGAAUUCAGAUUCCAAGAAGAAAACAGAUGUCGGUGGGCCUCUAGAAGAAGAACUAAGCGACAUUAGUGAUGAAGCUGAUGAUAUUUUGAGCCGCGAGGAUGGAGGAGGAGAUCGCACAAAAUCUCAAGUUUUACCCAAAAAAUCCCUUGACAUGACUGCGAAAGAGGCCAUCGAAGAUGAUAUCCGAAAAAUAACUCAAAAAAAGAUGACACUAAAUAAAAUGUUAUCCCCCGGCAGUGGCACAUUACAGGAUACUCUAGAGGACAGCUUGAAAAAUGAACCAAAGGAUGGCAUGGAGCAAUUAGACUUUGAAGAAAUUUCCGAUGAAGAGCUUGAAGAUGAAGCUAGAGCACGCAUGACAUUAGGAGAUGCUCUGGGCGUGGACUGGGCAAGUUUAAUUGCCGAGACGCGUCCUAAAGCAAGAUCAGAUGCCGAUGCUACACCAGGCUCAGCCAAAAAGCAGUGGGAGUCAGCUUGUCUUCUGGAAAAAUUGGGAGUUUCUGUAAAAUACGCUGGUGCGGAAACAAUCCAAAGAUUGUUGAAUAAGUACAAUAGUCCUACGUGUAAAGUCGGAGAUAAGGAUAUAAAAAAUAGUGAUGAAUUUAGAACUAAAGAUGGUAGUUCGGAAGCCGUCAAAGUUAAAAUUGAAGACGAUAUUGCAAAUAGCGAAGGUGAAGCUGUGAAAAUAAGUGAAACUGAGACUAGUGCUAAGUUAAAUUCUAAUCCUAUCUCAUUUUUGCAUCCUAUCGCUGGAAUUCAUGUUGCCUUACGAGAGCGUCAGCUCAGGAGACGAACUUUAUUUAAUUCUAUAAAUCGUGCUCUCUCUGCUAGAAGUGACAUCGCCCUCAGACGUCAGUUGUGUGGACUACCCAUUCGGACUAUUGAAGUUCAACAGACUCCUGGGUUUUAUCAAUGGGUAGUCUAAAAAAUUUCAGAUACUCAUGAAUAUUCUGAAGUCAUAAAGUGUUUUUACUCCCCUUUUUAUGGUUCGUUACAGUAACUUUAAGUGGGACAUGCGCAGGUACUCAAUUAAAGUGUUUCAGGGCCUCAUCGGACAACAUCGUUUCGAAGUUUUAAAACUUCAUAUGGUGGGGGAGUUAUUUGGCCUUUUCAAUGAAGGUGAUAAUUUGUAGUCUAACUUGGGAAAUGUUGUUGUUGUUUUUUUGCUGAAUAGAGGUUAGAUAUCAGAGUUUUUGAAGUAUUUUAAAGUAAAAUUGCUAACAUUUCCAGAAUCAACUAUGAAGGUCGAAAGCUGGUCAAGAUAAAAAAUUGAUGAAACAUUAUUUAGUACCUUUGUUUUGCCACUUAAAUUAGUCAGACAAUACACUCAUAUGUUAAGUAAAUUGCUGCUUACUUCUUUUUCUGCUAACAAUGGUCUUUGCAAAAAUGCACAAAGAAAUCAUAUUCAAAGUUCAGUAUUACAGUGCCUGGCACUAAAAAGUUUUUAAGUAUUAAAUUUCUCAUAGCUGGAGGUGUCACAGGCGAUAAUUGACGAUUUCUCUUUCCUCCUUUCUUUAAAGCUUUUUGCAUCAUUGUCACUCAAGCUUUUCCUCCCUUCACAGUUGAACGUCAGCUUGAAUUAGAAACUCCUGUUUCUUCUGAGAAAUUAGAUUUUAGGUUCUGGCUAAAAUGCUACACAAUUGGCAUUACCAACCGCAAGUAUCCUGGCUCCUACAUUGCCGAUUGUUUGGCUUUGUGCUGGUGAUGAACUUUAUUUCAACGUGUCAAAGUUUCAUCAAAAUCAACGGAUAACUUUUAGCCCCCAAAGUUUGCAGGGCUCUUUCUACAUCCAUUAACAGUGGAGAUAUUGAAAGAGAUAUUUGAACAGUCCUUAAUAUGUUUUGUCAAUCUUUAAGCUUCAACCAUCAAAACUUGAUUCUGUGACCAGAACAACUGACCCAUUUUUGUCUUCCAUGUAUGUUAGCUAUGAAAUUUUAAAACCUUUGAAGCCUUUUAUCCUACAUUAUCAUAUUGUUUGUAAUAUCUCAAAUAAAGACAUUUUGAAUAUUCUUGAGUAUCAAGCCAUGAAAAAUUGCUGUUGUCUAUAAAUACUGAAUGUAUAUAGCUGAACUUCAAGAGAAGUUUUGCCACUUCAAUACUCUAAAAUCUUUUGGAUUUGAGCUUCAAUCGAUGUUUAGAUGUACUGUAACUUACUGUAUUUUUUUGUUAGAACUUUGUUUUAAGCAGACAAAAAAAAUAUGUUCUUGCUGAACAUGAGUCAUAAAAAUGUUUUUUGUUCUCGAACAAGCAGAUCUCUCUUACAUUUUUGUGGUCGUAGCCACCCUAAAAGAAAUUUUGUAAGAAGGUAAUAAAUGCCAGCAAUCACAGCUUCCAUAAUUUUACCCUAAAAUCCGUGAGAUAGUAAUUAUCUCAAAAGAGAUUUAAAAAAAUAUUUUUCAACGCUUAUCAUUUAAUGAAACUUUAGCACAGCUUUGAAUUUACGAAGUACUGCAGAUGGAAUUCCAAUAAAUUUGGCGAAUGCUAUUUUUUUGUAUUACUCGAUAUGAUAUUCCUUAUGACCUCCUGAGCACAAUGUGAAAUAAAACUUUCAGUUUGCGAAUCUGACGAAAAGCAGGGCUAAAAAAUGAAUUUAAUGGCUGUUCUUCAGGCAACAUCUGGUAGAAAUGUUGCAAAAUCUGAUUAGGGAUUGAAAAAGCUUUUGUUUCCUCGCAGGUCGGGAAGAUGAGACAGACCAACAGAACUAAAUUUCACUGAAUGAUAUACUUAGCAUCCACACUGACGUGGCAGCAGCCUGACAUCUUCAUUCAAAAGUGUGUGCAAGAAGGCUGAAAACUUCACUUUUUAGCUCCAUUUUUCUCGAAACUGACUCACAAGAAGUUAGAUUUCAAAAAUUCAUUGUCCUCUCGAGGCUGCAAGGAACAUCAUAUCAAAUAUUCCUGAAAUUUUGCUGGCUCCAAACUUCUCGUUAGUUUUACUUAAGAGGGUGGUACUUUCUUCGAACUUCGUGUACAAAAUAUUUUAGAGUAUUAGGUUACAAAAGCUUCAAAACACGAGGAGUACAUUUUUUUUUUUUUUUUUUUUCAUUUUAUUUAAAAACUUUACAAAUUUUGAUUUUCAUUGUUUGUUACUUCAGUCAUGUAAAUAGGUUACAAUCAAUGCUACUUGUUACCAUGAAAAUAUUUCAACUCUAUAAAAUAGUCAAUGGACCUAGCUAGAUAAUUUUUGCGUAUCUGAUUUUUUUAUCUUUUUUUCUGGAAAUAAUUUACUGGCAUGUUGCCUCAUCAUGUCCAAUCGAUUUCAAUUGGUUUUCAACUUGUCUGUAAGCACUAUCUUUUCUCUAGCAUAAGUGAAGUAAAACAUCGACCCUUUGAGAUUUUAUACUCAUAUCAAAGUCAUGGUGACACUUCCCAAUUAUGUCAGCACUUUUAGCAAAUUUGAAUUUUUGGAAGUUCAUCCUUUUACUUUACGUUUUUUUCAAUUGAAUUUCUGAAUCGGGCAAAAACUUUUUAUAGCUCUAUGCGCUAUUGCUUAAAACUAAUGAUGAACUGCGUUGAACUGAAGGUGGAUCGGCAGUUCAACUGUCUUCUUUUGGGAAGAAGUGUGAUAAAAUUUUCAUCAUAUCAGGUGGAUGAAUUGUAAAACUAUUCCUGUACUCAGAACUUAUUUGUCCAUAGUAGUUUUUCUUCAACAUGAGGCAGUUCUUUUGUCUCAUCAACAGCUCCAGAAUAUGCCAUAUGUUGAAAUUAUGCAUCUUGAGCACUGAAACUUGUCCAAAAACCAAUUUCUUUCUAUCUUUGUCGUUCUCCUUUUUCCUUUUCAUUACUUUAAAGCAUCAGUAAAAUCCAUCCAAGAAUUUCCUUGGUGAUAAUGAGUGAAAUUUUACUCACUUUCUUUAAUCUGCACAGAUUAUGAUUUGUAUGUGGUUGAUACUUAGAAUCUUUGAUUAGAAUGGGAUAAAAUACAUAUUUAAGAGUUGAGAGAAAGACAACGACUGACUUGGUUGACCAACAGAUUGUAAAAGAUAGAUAUCGUUACUGUGAGAGAGGCGCCUGAUCAUGUAUCACAACUCAUUGUUUCUAUGCGCUACUAAUUGUAAGCAAUGAUUUCUCAUGAUAAAUGCAAAUUUGAAUAAUUUAACCAAUUAAUUGGAUUGCAUUUUGCUAAAAAGAACCAAGAACAUCCCAAUGUCGCUAAGAUAGUGCAACUUUUUUACCUUGCAAAUAUAAAGUGAUCAUUGGAACAAGUCUUAUCUUUACUCACGGUGAAUUAUAAAUUCAAGACAAAAAUUAUCUAUGUUGGAGUUUUUUUUUUGCGAACGUGCGUUAAAAAUUCAGCAUAAAGCACGUUGGCAAAAAAAACUCCAACAUCGUACAAGUGCAUCAACCGCAAUCAGUUUGUACAAUAAUUACCGUUGUAAAAUUAAUUUUUUUCACGUUUUCAGUAUGUUAUUACAUAGAAUAUAAGUUGCACAUUCCUUGCAACAUUGGAAUGUUCUUGGUUCUAUUUUGCAAAAUGCAAUAUAAUUGAACCAUACGGGUUUUUUUUUAUUCCUUUUGUUUCUACUCCAGCUGCAAUUCAGCCCUGCCUCUCUUUUUCCUCCCACUUUUUGUUUUGGAAAAAAAAAAAUUAUCAACUGAACCUCAUUACCAAAUUCAAUUUUGGUAUCUUUUGAUUCAACCCAGGAUCAUCCAAGCCAAACAAAUUACCUGAUUACCUCAAAUUUCAUCAUGCUGUUAGACCACCAGCAAUGAUAAUGUCACUGAUGACAAUUCAACUGUUAAAUCAUUCUAUUUUCCUUUGCCAAUCGAAAAUCAAUGUCUUAACAAAAUUAUUGAGUAACUUUGCUCUAAUCAAACUGUUAAUCACUCCUCCAAUCCUAGUAAAUCAGCCCUUGAUCUUUUCAAAUUCAGCGUAGCACUAUGAGCUGUAAGUCAAGCAUACACUCAAAGCACUUGGUGACAUAUUUGCUUUUCAUAAUUUCACUAGGAAAACGGAAUGGUCUGGAAGUCUAAAAGUUGUCUGACUCCUAAAUAAGAUAUAAGUUUUUACGAAUAACAUUGGUUCAAAGGCAAAAAUACAAAUAUCUGUAAUACAUCUAACUUCUGUUUGAUCUGUGUCAAAAUUAUUUGGUACAGUAUCUCGUUUAGGAGUUGAAACUUCCUGUGUGGGAACCGUUUUCUACAUACGCUUUUAGAGAGAAAAUGUAUGAUUUUUUAGUCCUUGGAAGCCAUCACAAAUAUUUUGCAGGGUGUUUUGAUGCUCUUCGCUCGAAAAAUGCUCAUGGAGUAAUUGAAUUGUUUAAUGUGAAUAACAUUGAUAUCGGUGGCAGACUUUUUUUAGCUGAUCAAAUGUCUUGAAUUCAACUCUCAUCUACUUUACUGCUGAUUUUAAAUAUCCCUUAGGAUAGCUCAACUCUUAAUCUGACCAAAAAUGUAUCCAAGUUUUCAUUGUGUCCUCACUAAUAAUACAGAAGUUGAAGGAAUCAUUAAUAAAAAUUCUCUGUGCCAUUUAUCAUGUCAAUAAUUACCAGCAAUCCGUUUGACCUUUUUCAAUCCAAAAUAAGAUGCUUUUAUGGUGUAUUUUUACCCAUUCAAAACAUUUACUGGUCAAGGCACUUGUAAAAGAAUAAAGAUAUGAAAUUUUUUAAGUUGACUGUGAAAAAGCAACAGAGGAAAGACAAAAUCACAGUUUCUGCAAGCUUAAAAUGUUAGCUCAUUCUUAAGGAGGAAAAUUUUGUAGCGUCAGAUUUAUGUAUAUUUUUUGUUGCUCAUGAAGAGAGAAGCGGUAAUUUUUGGAACCAGUGAGAAAACAUUGGGUCCAUUCUGUAUUCUCAUUCAGCUUCAGCUGUGGCAAAAGUUCUAAUGCCUGAAUCUGAAGCAAUAGCUCUUCUUUUAUCCACAACUAUUUCUUGAUCCAUUGAAGUAUUUUUUUGCAUUUCCUUGUUUAUCUGGUUCAAAGCUAUGAGUUGAAAUUCAUUUUCUGGGUUUGCAAUACUUAAAAUAUAAUAUUAUAUUCGUUAA